AUGGAUCUGAAGAUGUUCCUGGUCUUCACUGCAUUUUUGCUUCACACUUCCCUGGGCUUUCCUAUUCAGGAGAAGUAUGAAAACAGCACAACAACAACAGAACCUACUGAGGUUACUACACAAGAGGAUAUAUAUGAAUCUCCAUUGCCUACAGAGACUGAUGUUGAGGAAGAAGUUAUUUUUAACAAAAUUCUGAAAGUUAACCAAGACAGCUCUCAAUACUUGCAAGAAGGUGACAUAGUUCCACGAAGGAGUCGCAGUGCCAUCAACUGUCGCCAUUGCAACUGGCCCCAGUCCCGUGAUGGGAUUGUUCGUGUUCCCUAUGUCUUGGAUCCUACUUAUGAGGAGAGCCACGUAAAAGGGAUUCAUGAUGCCAUGGCAGAAUUUGAAGCACUGACUUGUAUUAAUUUUGUGAAGCGCAAGACAGAACGUGAUUACCUCAGCAUUAAAUCUGUCGAUGGCUGCUGGUCCAACUAUGGGAGAGUAGGAGGUGGGCAGACUGUCUCUGUGAUGAAAGGAGGAUGCUUGUGGAAAGGAGUAAUUCAACAUGAACUGGAGCACGCUCUGGGCUUUUUGCAUGAACACUCUCGAAGUGACAGAGAUAAGCAUGUAAAGAUCAUGUGGGAGUACAUCAGUCCACCUGACAGAUCAGACUUCAAGAAAUUUGAAAACUCCAAUAACCUGGGUCUUCCGUAUGACUAUUCCUCAAUAAUGCACUAUGGCCCAUACACAUUCACUAAUACCACUGGAAAAGCGACAAUUGUACCAAUUCCUGAUGGAUCAGUACAUAUUGGACAGAGGCAGGGGCUGAGCAACUUGGACGUGGCCAAAAUCAACAAACUUUACAACUGCAGUCGUUGCAGCACUAUUCUUGACGGAACUUCUGGGUCACUGAAAUCUGCCAACUACCCAAGAAAUUAUUCAGAUAACACCAACUGUGUCUGGCUCAUCCGAACCCGAUCCAGAAAGGUUUCCCUGUACUUUCAAGCCUUUGAGCUGCAGAAAACCAGAGGCUGUCAGGGUGAUUAUGUUAAAGUUUAUGAUGGAUCCAGCAAGUCUUCUGCAGUUCUAAUGGACAAGACCUGUGGAUCAAAGAUACCAAAUUACAUAGUUGCUUCUAGUAAUCUUAUGCUUGUAGAAUUCAUCACAGAUGGUGCUUAUACAGCUUCUGGUUUCCAAGCCACCUUUGCUGCUGGCAACAGCACAGAUGAUUUGUCAGUGGAAGAUCCUACACUCGUGCCAUCAAGUGUGCCAUUCCUUCUUCCUGUUACCCCAGCAGGAAUAAAGAUGUAUCCUUUCAGCAAUGACAAACAGGUUUUUUGA